UCACCUCUAAUCUUAUUGUUGAUAAUAAUUUUCCAAUGCCACAGAACGUGUUUAGCUGGCCAAAAUCAGAUUCGCAGCACUAUCGCUCCAAUCAAAUCAGCGUUCCUUCGAACUAUUGCCAGAGGAUCCAAUAACAAACGUGCCCAGUUGUAAACAAAAAUCAAUAACCGCGCGAUCAUGUUUAAUAGUUUUCUUAUCUAUCAUUAAGUGCGAGGGAAAACUUUAAGUGCGGUGAUUUCAGUAUCUCUUUAUCUGCGAUUGUGGUGUUGCUUUACAAAAGGGAGAUGACUGGGAGUCCCUCAGUUCGUGGCAAGAGUGACACUUGACACCAUGUUCGACCAGGUGUACUUCUCGGCCCUUUCGGGCAACUUACUUUCGUUUGUGACGGGGACCGCCAUCGCCUGGUCCAGUCCAACCCUUCCGAAGCUGAACGACACCGACGUGGGCAACAUCCCAUUCGGGCGAAGAAUCGACUCUGAUGAGAACUCGUGGAUCGGCUCUCUGAUGCCUCUGGGGGCGAUUUUCGGGCCGUUCCUCUUCGGGUUCCUGGCCGAUAAGCUGGGCCGGAAAGUCACCCUCAUGUCCCUGGCGGUUCCCUACAUUGUGUCCUUCCUGACGCUGGCUUUCGCCGAAGUUGUCGGUCUCUUCUACUUCGCCAGAGUGCUGACGGGCCUGGCGGUGGGCGGCGUCUUCACCGUCUUCCCCAUGUACAUCGGGGAAAUCGCCGAAGACAAAAAUCGGGGCACUUUGGGCUCUGUCAUGAACAUCUUCAUCACCUCGGGACUUCUUUUCUCCUACUGCGUGGGCCCGUACGUGUCCAUAAUGGCCUUCAACAUAAUCCUAGCCGUCAUCCCGUGCGUCUACCUCGUCCUGUUCUUCCUCAUGGCGCCCGAGAGCCCCCACUACCACGUCUCCCGAGACAACCACGAGGCCGCGUCCAAAUCGCUCGAGAAAAUCCGGGCCCCUGGCACGAAAACCGACGCCGAACUGGCCGACAUUAAGCUCUCGAUUGAGAAGAGCAAGGAAGGGAGCAUUGGCGACCUGUUCGCCUCCAGGGGCCUGGUCAAGGCCCUCACGAUCUCGGUCCUUCUGGUCGUCCUCCAGCAGCUGUCGGGCAUCAACGUGGUGCUGUUUUACGCACAGCCGAUUUUCCAAGCCUCUGGGAGUAGUCUGGACUCGGAAGUGGCGUCCAUUAUCAUUGGAGUGGUGCAGUUUUUGACCAGUUUUGUCACACCCAUGUUGGUGGAGCGGCUUGGGAGGAAGAUCCUGCUGUACUUUUCCGCCAUCGGGAUGCUGAUAGCCGAGGUCCCGCUGGGGCUUUACUUCUACAUGUUGAACAAUGGGGACGAUGUGGAGGCGAUCUCGUGGCUGCCUGUGGUGUCCCUCAUGGUGUACAUCAUCACGUACAACUGCGGGUUCGGGCCGCUGCCGUGGGCCAUGAUGGGCGAGCUGUUCCCGGCGAAUGUCAAGUCGGUGGCGUCCUCCCUGACGGCCACGUGUUGCUGGGUCAUUGGGUUCCUGAUCACGAAGUUUUUCACCUCGAUUGCUGAUGCCAUGGGCAUGGGACCGCUGUUUUGGCUGUUUGCUGGGUUUUGUGGCGUUGCCUUCUUCUUUACUCUGGUUUUUGUCAUUGAGACGAAAGGGAAGAACUUGCAGGAGAUUCAGGAUAUUCUAGAAUCGUGAGCUGAUUCCAUUGUUGGGAAUUUUGUUGUUGAUAAUAUUUAUUGUACAUAUUUACUUAUGAAUAAGUUGAAAAAUAAAUAUAUUUUUUAUA